AUGGCGAAUUUCGAGAAUCUAUCUUCUGAUUUUCAGACAAUAGCCAUGGAUAUAUAUUCUUCCAUAACUCAAGUUACAGAUCUAAACAACAACAGUAGUAACCUUCAUUUUCAAACAUUUCCUCCUUUCUCGACAUCUCUCGACUCGCUUAUCCUUCAUCAUCAUCAUCAUCGUCACCAACAACAAAUGCUUGAUUUUCCCGGGAUAUCUCAAGACAGUGGUAAUACUAAUAAUUUCUCCUCGACUUCAACUUUCAUUCAUUCCAACGUCGGUGAGACCAAGAAGAGAAAAGCUUCGGUACAGACAUUGUCUUCAUCGGAGAAUAGUGGCGUCUCUGAUAGUGUGGAUAUUAAUACCACCAAAACUGGUUGUUUGAGAAGAUGUAAGAGGUUGAAGAAGAAAAAAGAAGAAGAGAAAGAGAGAGAAGUUGUUCAUGUGAGAGCCAGAAGAGGCCAAGCCACUGAUAGCCACAGCUUAGCUGAACGGGUUCGGCGAGGGAAAAUAAACGAGAGAUUGAGAUGCUUGCAAGAUAUGGUUCCCGGAUGUUAUAAGAGUAUGGGAAUGGCUACGAUGCUUGACGAGAUCAUAAAUUAUGUCCAGUCUCUACAAAAUCAAGUCGAGUUUCUCUCGAUGAAACUCACUGCAGCAAGCUCGUUUUAUGACUUUAAUUCAGAGACUGAUGCUGUUGAUUCCAUGCAGAGAGCAAAGGCACGUGAGGCAGUGGAGAUGGGGAGACAAACAAGAGAUGGAAGUCCUGUCUUCCAUUUAUCAACAUGGUCCCUUUGACUUUUAUUUUCCCUCUUUCUCUUAUUUUUAUAUUUUCUUCCCAAAUUAUUCUUAUAUUAAUUUGAAUGUGAUAGAUGUCAUACGACCCAAAACUUUGGGAUAGUAUUUGUGUAAUCUGUAUACUUGUAAUUUCGACAUUAUGAAUUUAUUGGUGACUUAUAUUGGCUAUUGUCAUG